UCGACAGUACUUUGCUUUUCAAAGUAGUUGAUACUAAAUGUUCUGUACUUAAAUAUAAUAUAUUUGGGAAGCAAAGAUAACCAAUUGAAAGGAAUUGCUGAAAGGAAACCAAUUGAAAUUCAGACACGCAAAUCACAAUACAGUUACUCUAUAAUGUGUAUGUGUAUCGUGAGUUCGUUUUCUGAAAACGAGAAAAGCCUCAACAAAGUUUGACAGUUAACAGUCUUGCUCUCUGGGGAACGGUUUGACACUGAUCCAUUGAAAUUUUAAUUAUGUGCAUGAACGUAUUUAACAGUAGAUUUAUUAAAAGAAAGAUGAUAUAACAUGUCAUUCAUAUCCUUUUAAAUAACUAAUAUGACGUUACUAUAAUAAUUAUAAACCGACCUCGUUGGUCAUGGAUGACGGUCUUAUUCACAUUUUUCAAAUACUUGAAUUGUAAAGGUCAGUGUUUCGUGCACAAUUAAUAACUUGAUAACAGUUACACAAUGGCUUCUGCUAUGGAGCAACAACAGCAGCAACAGCAGCAGCAGCAACAACAGCAACAGCAACAACAGCAGCAGCAGCAGCAAACUACUUUAGAAUUUUAUCAAGCGAUGGCUGAUUUUAAAAACAUGUUCCCACAAAUGGACGAUGAUGUGAUCGAAGCUGUAUUAAGAUCUAAUCAAGGAGCUGUCGAUACAACCAUCGAUCAGUUACUUACUAUGAGUACAGACAAUGAAAAUGAAAAGAUUAGAAGCGAAUUAGAACAAAGCGAAAAGUCACCGGGUACCUCGAAACUGUCGACAAUAGAUACAAACGUAUCGUUAAAAAGCAUACGCAAAUGGCAACCCGCUAUGUUAGGGCCAUUACCAGAUACAUUCCUUAGAGUUUCUCAACAAGUUCCAGAGGACGGUUUGGACACGUCGUACUUACAGGAAAAUUCAAUGUUAGAAGACGAGAGAAUCGCUAUGUUCCUUCAAAACGAAGAAUUCAUGGCCGAAUUACGUUGGAACGAAGAUUUUUUGUCAACCUUGGAAAAUGAUACUAAAAUCCAAGGAACAAAUCUAGAGAAAUGCACCGGUCACAUCAAUCACGACGAUGAAGAUCUGUUCAAAGAGAGAUUAAAGAAUAUGGGAAAAAUGUCUCGACGUAAGUUUGCGCAGCUUACCAAAGUGUUUACACGCAGUAAAAAACGUGGAGGUAGACAGUUAUUACCUCCGACGGCUUCUUGUGAUGAUUUAUUGGAUCCUGAGGGGUCGUCUAGAUCUCAGCCUUAAAAAUUUGACGAAUCCCCUUGUUUUCUCAGAAAAUAAUUUCAGUAAAUGAUACUUAUAAUAAUGUGUCGUCCAGAAGUAAAAAAAAAGCAUAUCUACAUUAAUAAUUGAAUGGAAACUUACAAGAAAAAUUUAGAUUGAAAUAGUUAUACCUAUACAGAUUGUCUGAAGCUAAAAGUAGCAGUCUUAUGUCUUGAACAAUGAUUAAUUAUGUCGAUAUUUAUCGAGUUGUCUAAAUAACUCGAUUCAAAAGCUUAGAAAGAUCAAAAAGCAGAAUAUGUGAAUAACACUACUAGAUAUUAUAAAAGGAAACAAAAAAUACAAAAUAUUUCGUAUUUUAAUAAUAUACUAUGAAUAAGAACACGUUCUAUAUAGCAGCGGUACAAUAAUUACUACUGUCAUAUUGUUAAAAUAGGUACGUGUGAAACUUUCAUGGUAAUGUUCUUUUAAUUAUAAGGAUAUACGUGUCACUUAAAUCUUUACAAACGGUUUAUCAUUGUUUUUUUUUUUAUGUUAUUUAUAUUAUUAUUUAUACAUAGUGAAAUGUUGAUAUUAUUUUACAAAAUUUAUAACUGUUUUUUUAAUGAAAGCUUUUUGCGACUUAUACUUAUUUAAAAAGCAAUGUUUGUAAUUAAUAGUAAAUGUUGUUGACGUAUACAAAUAAACAAUAUUUACAAGUACUAUAAUAUUAAUUAUACGAUAAUAGUAAAGAAUAGAUUUCUGUUUGAAGGUAUUGCAAACUAUUAAGAUCAAAAGUUAUAUAUACAUAUAUAUAUAUAUAUAUUUGAUUUGAAAACGAUACUAUAAUUUAUUUAUUAUUAUAGUAAUAAUACUAUUUUUGAUUUAUAAAUCAAAUACCGACUCAAUGACAAAUACCACUCAAAAGCAGCUAUUUAGAAGUACAAGUGUAAUGAAUUCUAGUCUGUUUAUCUAGCCAUGACUUAUUUAAUAACAAUAAAUAUCAAGCAUUGCAGUUGUAAUGUUGGUAUAGAAAAUAUAUGAACAAGCAUAAUUAAAUAUAACGAUACAUGCUACAGGCAUGAGAAUAAAUGAAAAAAAAAGAAAAAAAAAUACUAAACUUCAAUAUACCUAUGUAAAAAUAAACCGUACAGUUUUUAGUGUCUGAUGAAUCAAACUUUGUUCAACACGUUAACAUAUAUUUUUAUUUUCUCAUUAUUGUAAUAUAUAAUACAAGUUAUAAAAGGAUUAUGAAAAUAAAAU